GGGUUCAAACAGGAAGAACAUGAGCCAGGGCCACAUGGUUCGAUGGAUCUUUCGCUCUCUGCUCCACUCGCCGAAAGCUUCAUGGCCAUGGUCGAAGAGAGACUCGUGCAUGCCAACGAAGUAUCAGAGAGACGAAGCAGAGCCUACGAAUAGAAAAAGUUCACAGAAAUAGGAGUAGCGUGUUUUCGAUGGUGGGGACCAGUCAUGGGAACGUCCUCUUCCGCUCAUCAGUUGGACGCCAUAGCUAACCCUCUGCUUCUGCUAUGAUUGUUAGAGAAGCAGCGAGCGAGGGAGCGCGAGAGAAAGUGAGAGAGCUCUUCGUUCGAGGUUCUGCUUUCGGAUCGGGGGACCUUGCAUAUUGAUCUUGGAUUUGUGAUCGCGAGGUUUGAAUGUGAUGCGUUCUUCGUUUGAUGUCAGUCGCGGUUUUGGUUUGGCGAUGUGAGUUGCUGCGAUAUUUUGCCGGAACCUGGAAGUUGAGAGAGAGCUCGUGCUCAGCUGAGGGGAUGAGUGCACAUUAAGAUCCUUACGCUUUCGAAUGAGAGUAGAUGCGUGUGGGAUGACCUGGUGGCGUUUUUUUGAGCUGUCUUGAAGUGGAGUCGUCAGCUGGUCGGUCGGUGUUGGGGAAUGGUUACAUUCUGACGGAUUUGGCAGUGGAAUAUUGCGGCAUUGCGUUUUGGUUGUCCUUGAACAGAUGAUCAACACUCGUGUGUCGGAACUUCUCUAGUUGCACGCAUUAUGGGAUAAGACCUUUCACAUAGAGUAGCUUAAGGUCGACUGUAUUAGCACAGUCACAAUGUGGCCAUCGAGAGUGAAGAGAGUCCUGAAGGAUCGAUGGCUAGGGUUGUGUGUUGGCAUGUGGAUGCAAGCAUGCGGAGGGAUUUCGUAUGCAUUCUCUCUAUACUCCGGGGACUUGAAGCAUACGCUGGGAUACAAUCAGGAGAUGAUUGAUGGCCUCGGCUCUGCGAAGGAUAUUGGUGGCAACGUUGGAAUCAUUUCAGGUCUAUUGAUAGAUCUGACAUCUGCUUGGUUCGUGCUUCUUGUUGGUGGGCUUCUUCAUUUCUGCUUCUAUUUUUUGCUUUUCCUUUCGGCUACUGGCAGGAUCACACCGUCGUACUGGCAGAUGUGCGGCAUCAUCAUGUUAGGCACAAAUGGCGCAACGUGGUUCAACACUGCCGUGCUUGUGACUUGGUAUUCGCUUAGACGCAUCAUGCGAAACUUCCCAGCAGACCGAGGGGUAGUGGUUGGGCUUCUGAAAGGCUUCAUUGGACUCAGUGGGGCCAUUUUUACACAAGUUUACACAGCAAUGUAUGCUCCAUAUACAGGCCCUUUCCUAUUAUUGUGUGCUACGGUGCCUCCACUUGUGGCAGUAGUAUCAAUGAUUGUGAUUCAACCUGUGGAGGCUCCGAGACGUAAAGAUGAAUCUGACAAGUCCAAAUUUUCCUUUCUAUAUAUCAUAGGGAUUGCGUUGGCAUUUUACCUAAUGGCAGUGAUUCUCGUUCAGGAUGCUUUCAUUGUAAGCAAGACCGUGAGUCGCUUGUUCAUGACGGUAAUGCUGGUGAUUCUGCUAUUACCAGGCCUUAUACCUCUGAGUGCAGGGGCACAUCACAAAGGAUACACUGCACUUCCUACAGAAGCGACAAGUGUAAACUCUCCAGGUGCAGAUCGAGGGGCGCCUAAACAUUCGUUGACUGAACGAAAGCCUCUCUUACAGCACAAGGGAUCUUCAAGCAUUGAUGUGCCUGUCAGAAAAACGGAUCGUUUUCCGGACAAGUCUCGUAGUUUAGACACUCCUUCAAAGGCGACUCUGAAGCUUGGGCAUGACCAUACUUUGUUGCAAGCAACAAGUACUCAAGAUUACUGGUUACUCUUUUUUGCGAUGGGUUGUGGUACUGGAAGUGGGCUGACAGCAAUCAAUAACCUUGCACAGAUGGCUGAAUCUCUUGGCUCUAGGAGUGUUGGAGCAUUUGUUGCACUGGUCAGCGUUUGGAAUUUCCUGGGCAGAAUGGGUUCCGGAUAUGUCUCAGAAUAUUACAUGAAACAGUACGCAACUCCAAGACCAGUUUUUCUCUUCUGUGUACAAGCAGUUAUGGCAUGCGCACACCUCCUAUUUGCAUCUUCAGUGCCAACAAUGCUAUAUCUGGCUUCGAUUUUGGUUGGACUGGCUCAUGGAGCUCACUGGACACUGAUGGUAGCCACCUCUUCCGAGCUGUUCGGCCUGAAGUAUUUUGGAGCUCUCUACAACACGCUUAGUAUUUCGGCUACUGUUGGUUCCUACAUCCUGUCUGUGAAGCUUGCUGGUUAUAUGUAUGAUCAACAAGUGGCUUCUCUCAAAGCUGCAGCGGUAGCAGCGGGUGAAGUAUUAAAUGGACCUAUAAGAUGUGUCGGUCCUCAAUGUUUCAGGUCGACGUUCUUGCUGAUGGCAUGUGUAUGUGGAAUGGGGUGCCUGGCACUGACUCGUUUGAUCGCUCGCACCCGGAAGGUCUACAGGGAUAUGUACAAAGUGCAGCAGGCCAAGGACAUGCUAGCCAAGGGAAACUCAAGUGAGCACUCACCGUUAAUUUCGUCCCAUGAGCUACAUGAAGAGGAUGCUCCAUCUGAUUCUCCAGUAAUGAAGGGUAGCAGCAUUUCUGACGUCCAACGGCACCGUCAUACUGCGCCAAGUCGGUUGGACAGCGAGUAGUUAGUGCUUCCUGUUGGCAUCUAGCACCUGCUCGUCUCACACUAACAGGACCAUUUUCAUGAUUUAGACUCUUCACAAAGUCGCUGAGCGAAGGUUUACUCAGCUUUCUGGUCUAACCUCUUGUUGGAAAAUUGGCACAGCGAACCUUCACAGUAAUUGGUAGCAUCGGAAGUGGUGUGCCUCGUUUCUGUGUGGUCCUUCGGAAGCCCCACAGGUAGUCACAAUUUACUACCUUAUUAUUCUAACUCUACCCAUAAAAAGUGCUUAACCCGUUACCUGGAGUUGGUAAACCCCUCAUAACGGAAUAAUCAGAAUUUUUAAUUGACGCCUUCAAUUGAAGGUUAUGACUCUAAUACUGCAAAUCACAAGUUUGGUAAUUACCUUGUUAGAACACCCUAACUGAUUAGGAAAUCAUGGCUACCUCUGCUUUUAAGAGCAUGUCAAAGUAUCUUCUUAUAUCCGGAUCAAUUUUUCAGCACACAUUCAAACUU